CCUCUGACCCAUGGAACUCCUGGGCCCCGCCAAGCCACGAUGGCCGUGGCGCCACUGUCUGGCCGGGCUGCUGUUUCAGCUGCUGGUGGCUGUGUGUUUCUUCUCCUACCUGCGUGUGUACCGAGAUGAUGCCACUGGGUCCCUCAUGGCAGUGAAACCUGUCACUGGGGCUCCCAAUAGGUCCCACUGCCAGGACAGCACGGGGACCCCCGCCCGCCCCACCCUCCUGAUCCUGCUGUGGACGUGGCCUUUUAACAAACCCGUGGCUCUGUCCCGCUGCUCAGAGAUGGUGCCCGGCACGGCUGACUGCCACAUCACUGCCAACCGCCAGGUGUACCCACAGGCAGACGCGGUCAUCGUGCACCACUGGGACAUUAUGCAAAACCCCAGUGCCCGGCUCCCGCCCCGCACCAGGCCACCAGGGCAGCGCUGGGUCUGGUUCAGCAUGGAGUCCCCCAGCCACUGCUGGAAACUGCAAGCCCUGGACGGAUACUUCAACCUCACCAUGUCCUACCGCCGCGACUCCGACAUCUUCACACCCUACGGCUGGCUGGAGCCGUGGUCCGGCCAGCCUGCCCACCCACCGCUCAACCUCUCGGCCAAGACCCAGCUGGUGGCCUGGGCGGUGUCCAACUGGAAUCCACAGUCUGCCAGGGUGCGCUACUACCAGACCCUGCAGGCACAUCUCAAGGUGGACGUGUACGGGCGCUCCCACAAGCCGCUGCCCCGGGGGACCAUGAUGGAGACGCUGUCCCGGUACAAGUUCUACCUGGCCUUCGAGAACUCCUUGCACCCCGACUACAUCACCGAGAAGCUGUGGAGGAACGCCAUGGGGGCCUGGGCCGUGCCCGUGGUGAUGGGUCCCAGCAGGAGCAACUACGAGAAGUUCCUGCCGCCCGACGCCUUCAUCCACGUGGACGACUUCCAGAGCCCCAAGGACCUGGCCCAGUACCUGCAGGCACUGGACAAGGACCACGCCCGCUACCUGCGCUACUUUCGCUGGCGGGAGACGCUGCGGCCUGGCUUCUUCAGCUGGGCACGGUGUUUCUGCCAGGCCUGCUGGAAGCUGCAGCAGGAACCCAGGUACCAGACGGUGCGCAGCAUAGCCGCUUGGUUCACCUGAGAGGCCGGCGUGGGGCCUGGGCUGCCGGGGACCGCGCUUUCCCCGGGCCUCACUGAGCGGGACCUCACCCACCUAGGGACUCACUAGUCUGGGGAUUUACCUACCUGGGGCCUUAUCAUCUACUGGGCUCACUUCCCUGGGACCUCACCUGCCUGGGGCCUCACCUGCCUGGGGCCUCACUUGCCUGGGGCCUCGCCUGCUGAAGGCUUUGGUGGCUAGGAAUGUCACUUACCACGGACCUUACAUACUUCACUGCUUCCAGGAGCAUCCCCUGUGGAAUCCUCACCUGCUGGGGACCUCAGCUGUUGGUGACCUCGCCUGCUGGGGAUCUUGGCUGUUGGGGACUCUACUCACUGGGACCUGGCCCCAGAGAUCUUGCCACACUGCAUCUCACCUGCUAGGAGCCUCACCUCCUGGGGACCUCACCCUGGAAGGCACUGGGCCCUGGGAACUGGCACCCUUGGGGCCCAUCCACAAGGGAGAGUUCCGGCUGAUUUGUCUGUGAUGUUGUUAACUGCCUGGGAGGGGCGCAGAGAGACAAAGACUGUACCCUUUCCAGAUGUCAUACUGCAAGGAAAUCCGAUGAGGUGGCCGGGUGCAGUGGCUCAUGCCUGUAAUCCCAGCACUUUGGGAGGCUGAG